AUGACGAUUAAGAUACUCGACGACACCGGUGACCGCGAUGCUUCUGAAAUCAUGCUGGGCCAAGAGGACGCGCUCUCAAUGACUAGGGGUCACUACUCCCCCGUACGACCAUACGUCAUGCGACGAGAUUUCGGCUCGAUGUUUAUCGUGGUCAUGAUAACCGCUGUCGUGGGGCUUGCAGUUCUCAAGAGCAAAGAGAAAGCUGACGGAGGCCUUGCUCAGCCGGACGCAAGCUUCGAAGUCCUUCAAAUUCUUCUCAAUUAUCUGCCAACAGUCUUCGCCACCCUGCUCGAGCCCAUUCUCAAGGAUAUGCUCGCCUUCGACUGCCCCGAAAUCUACCAACCAGGAGCGCUUGAUACGAACAAAGAGAUGUAUACCUUACCAUCCGGUAGGUCUUCGGCGGAAGUCGUAGACACGGUCACGCAGAACUUCACGCUUGAGGGUUGCGACGUCACAUUCAUCCUAGGCUGGUCCCGCAGCUCCGAAGUCGAGGCCGGAGACGGCAGGAUGGAGACGUCAUUUGCCAUGUGUCGACCAGUUUUCACUACAGCCAUGUUUGAUCUUACUGUCGACACUGAGGGAUACGUUCUCGAGGCCGACCGCGUAUCCAACCAUGAACAAGAUCUCGGGUAUCCCGACUCCAUCAAGCACGUCGAAUCCAUGAUCAUCGUUCUGAACCACCUCCUCAGAGACAACCAAUUGCACUGGCACAACGACACGGUAUCCCGAGAUUGGUUCAACUACCUCAUCAAGAUACAGCCUGGCUUUGAAGACCUACUCGACCCCCAGACUCCGGUCCCGAACCCGGACGAUCUGUUACCGACCAUUGAAUCUCUCUAUCGUCAGCUGUACGCACUGCUGCUCGGUCUAAACGACAACAUCUUCGAGCGCAGUGAGAAGCCAGCAAUAAUCGAAGGAACCAGACAGCAAACCGAGGUCAGGAUCUUCAUCCCUCUCGCCGCCUUCAUCAUCAGCAUUGCGGUCCUCAGCCUCAACAUCCUCACGGCUGUGGUUCUUUAUACGCACGGCGUCAAAUUCUUCUUGCCACGCAUGCCGACAACCGUCGGUUCGGUCCUGGCUUACGUCGCGCCCAGCCGUGCCGUGAGCGAGUAUCACGACGGGGGUGUGGCGCUCAACAAGCCGACGACCUACAGUUUUGGACGGGGAAACACAACCGUCUUCGUUGUUGAGACGGACUUUCGCGAGGAAGAGCACCUCUGA